UGAUCACAUUUUUGCAUACAACCGAAGGGACCCCGAGCCUCCAAUCAGUUUCAGUGUUGUCACGGUGUAUGGCGAUGACUGUGUUUUUGCUUUCUUGUUUUUUUAUUGGCUAAUAUCACUGUCGCACAAAAGGCAUUUUUGUUUUAGUCAGCUAGCAUAAACUGAAGUCGUCGCAGAAGGACAAGGUUCGUCAGUUCAUGUCCUUCACACAGGCAGGUGAGAAGACAGCGGUAUACUGCCUGACACAGAAUGACUGGAAACUAGAGGUGGCUACAGACAACUACUUCCAGAACCCAGACCUCUACCACAGGGAAUCCAUGAAAAACUCAGUGGACAGAAAGAAGCUGGAACAGCUUUACAACCGGUACAAAGACCCCCAUGAUGAGAAUAAGAUCGGCAUCGACGGGAUCCAGCAGUUCUGUGAUGACCUGACUCUGGACCCAGCCAGCGUGAGUGUGCUGGUGGUGGCGUGGAAGUUCCGGGCCGCCACCCAGUGCGAGUUCAGCCGGAAGGAGUUCCUGGAAGGCAUGGCGGAGCUGGGCUGUGACAGUCCAGACAAGCUGAAAGCCAUUCUCCCCAGACUAGAGCAGGAGCUGAAGGACAGUGGAAAGUUCAAAGACUUCUACCAGUUCACCUUUAACUUCGCCAAGAACCCGGGGCAGAAGGGGCUAGAUUUAGAGAUGGCUGUAGCUUACUGGAACUUAGUUCUGACUGGACGCUUCAAAUUCCUGGACCUCUGGAACAGGUUUCUAUUGGAACACCACAAACGCUCAAUUCCCAAAGACACCUGGAACCUGCUCCUGGACUUUGGCAACAUGAUUGCUGAUGACAUGUCCAACUAUGAUGAGGAGGGGGCAUGGCCUGUCCUCAUCGAUGACUUUGUGGAGUUCGCACGGCCAAUCGUGACAGGGGGCAAACACAAAACUCUAUAAUCACUGCCUGGCAACAGAGGGCUUUUAUCCCUUUAUUUUGACUUUUUUUGUUGGUUUUUUAAAAAGUGGCAAGAAAGGAAAACGAGAAGAAAAAAAAAAAACACUUGAAGUUGUGAAACCGCUCUACCGUCAGUAACGCGAAAGUGCAGGGUGAGGACAACCAGGCAACCAAUCAGGCGCCGGAGUGGAAAAGAACCGCCUUUUUCUGUCUUUCUUUGGCUGGAGUUGCUACACACACUGCACCUGCCUCUACAGCAGGCGGGGGGAGGGCGGGCCAACACGGUCCCCUCCGAAAAACGCGUCUGCUCCCGCCACCAUCGCCCGGGCAACGCCGUUGGGCGGGGCGCUGUGACUGCACCCCCCUCCCCCGGGGAGGCCCCCCCCCGCCUGCUCUUGCUUUACGUUUUGGGAGGGGUGGGGGGGCUGGCGGCUGUGUGAUAUAGGGCAGAUUCUGCAUGCUUUUUUUGUACAGUGAACAGUGUUCAGGACACGUCUAUGAUCUGACUCAGACAGACCGUUUGACAGGGCAGCAUGCAGGUCAACCCCUGACAACACCAGCAGCGACGCUACAACUAAAGCUGUAAUAUAAUGUAUCUAUGUAGAGAGUAUUAUAUAUAUACAUAUAUAUAAUAUAAAUUCAUGACAUAUAUAAGCAAAAGGUAUGAAAGAGAAAAGUAUUUGUGGUGUAAAUUAAACCCUCAGUUAUACACUUCAUUUCAUUUUGAUUUUUGUGAUGUUUUUGUCAUUUCGUGUUUACUCUGGGAGGUCACUGAGGAUCACAGAAGUCGCAACGCUUCCUAACACCUGCCCCACGCUAAGCACUGGUUGUCAAUCUCUGCUCAAACAUGAACAGAAACCUAAUCGUUCGUGUUCAAACCCGGUGUGUUCCCUUAAUGUACACUUUGCUUCUGUGGAGACAUGUAAGGUGUGGAGAUAUGCUCUCAAAGCACUGACCCAGAAUCAGCUGUAAGGGUUGUCAACUGUAAGGGUUGGAUUCGGUGUCAGUUAGCCACUAAACACUUGUCCCCCCCCCAUUCAGAUUGCUGUAUAUUAUGUUUAUUUAUUUUUAAGAUGUUAUGGAGUUGUCUGUUUUAAUUGCCUUUAGAGGUAAUCUUUUGAAUAUGUACCUUUUCACAUUUGGGAAUGUGUAGUGUUCUUUGUAGUCAUUGGUACCUCCUCCUUAGAGCCCCCCAGCACCAUUUUGGGAAUAUCAAGGAGCACAACAGCCUGACGCUAUUCCCAGACAAAGUGUGUGUGUGCGUGAGUGUAUGCGUGUGUGUAAGGGAGAGAGAGACAGAGGGAGUGUGUGUGAGAGAUCUAGUGUCUGUGUGUGAGUGUGUGCGUGUGAGUGUGAGACAGUGGUAGCACGUGUGAGGGAGAGGCAGAUGGGAGUGUGUUCGUGUGAGAUCUAGUGUAUGUGAGUGAGAGUGAGAGUGUGAGAGAGAGUAAAUGGGUGCAUGUGGGGGCUACAUGUCAGUGAGAUGCAGAGCCCAUGCUUGCAUUAGAUCACGUUAUUGAUCAGAAUGACUCCACAACUAAAGGUUGCUUUAUUACCUGGACCUCCUAGGUGACAUGCCCCUCUGGGCUGUGGAGCAGACCUGCUUCAGGAGCUCUCCAUCUCUUUAGACGGGACAGACCCCUCUGUCUACCCACAGUGGGACACUAUCAAUUUUCCAAAAUGUGUUGUUUCUUGAAAUGCAUAUCAGCUUCUAUAUUAUUUUAUUCUGCCACGAGUGUUAGUUCUGCUCUGUGUGUUUAGGCCAGCAGUGCACCAAGCCUGGAGCCCCAAAGGCCUCCUGCCCACAGGGACACACGGGCUUCCGGCAUGUUCCAUCUCCCCACUCAGACCCACAACAUCCUCUGUCUGAACCUGCAGAAAGAAGUCAAUGCUCAGGAGGACAGAGGGUUUCAUUAAAAAUAUUUUUUUAACUGCAGGCAAAAUGAGAUGUAAUUACAGCUACUUAUUUCAAGCCAAUCACUGGACCUUACAUCCUUUUUAACAGGUUUUGUAAAUGGGCCUUUUUUUAUUUACAUCAUGUCUUCCUCGCUUCCACCCUGUCAUCCCUUCUUGGUUCUGGCUUGGUUCUGUGUGUGUGUGUGUGUGUGUGUGUGCGAAAGGGAGGUACUAUAACAUGCAGAACCCAUGCUCGCAGUAGAUCACGACUGAUCAAGAUGACUCCUCAACUAGAUUGAGUUAUACAGUCCAGGUACUGGAUUAAACAAACGUAUCUGCAGCGCUUAGCGUUGCGCCGGUACUUCCUGUGCAAAGCCACGCUUCUGUCUGGCUGAGGCACUCCUGACCAGGCCCCAGGAGUAGAAUUCUACAUGUAGAGUUUAGCCGUGGCAAGCCUUGUCAUUUCCCAUUGGCUUCCAGAUACACUGUCAUAUUGACCAAUCAGGUCUCGGUGUUGGGCAUCAUUGGCUUGGAGUGCUAAGGGGGUUUUAGGGUGUGGGAGUUUUUUGGGGGGUGGGGGUUCGGUGUGAGGUUAGACUGAGGGCUGAGGGAGACCCAGAGGGGAAGGUACUGUGUCUAUUUACAUGAGUGCAGAACACCCCAGAGGUCAAGCAAAGCCCAAAUAUUAUUAUUAGUUAGUCCAUUAUUGUUAUUAGUCUUUUUUUGUUGAAAUGUUAUUUUAAACAUUUGUUAAAUUGCUGCUGUUCAAAUAUUUUCUAUUCACAAAUGGAGAAUGUCAAAGCAUGUUUUUCAGCAAAACAUAAUAAAGCUACUUCAGGCCACUCUGAA